GAGGUUCCCGGAAAAUUUGCUAACCGGAAGGGAAGGCCAGAGCCCAGAAGAAGAAGAACACAGCCGCUGCCGAUGAGACCAGCGAAAGAAGAGAAAGUACUCUCCCACUGGUGAGGUCUCCUCUUCCUCCGGCUCAUCUACCUGCCUUACCUGAAUCUGCCCCCCCAUCUAUCUCAGCCUCACCCAGCCCUCACCGUCCCUGCACCGAGCCUAAAGUCGACCGGACUUCCACCCUCUUCUUCCACCUUCUUCUUUCUCCCAAUUUCCCAACACUGCACUAUGGCAGGGCGAGGCGGACCAGCACGGACCAACGGCACUGCAGCAAGCAACAAGAUCUGCCAGUUUAAGUUAGUGCUGUUGGGGGAAUCGGCGGUGGGGAAAUCCAGCUUGGUGCUGCGCUUUGUCAAAGGCCAGUUCCACGAGUACCAGGAGAGCACCAUCGGAGCUGCCUUCCUCACACAGACGGUAUGUUUGGAUGACACAACAGUCAAAUUUGAGAUCUGGGAUACUGCAGGACAGGAACGAUAUCACAGCUUGGCACCCAUGUACUACAGGGGAGCCCAGGCAGCCAUCGUGGUCUACGAUAUCACCAACACAGAUACAUUCACACGUGCAAAGAACUGGGUGAAGGAGCUCCAGCGACAAGCCAGCCCGAAUAUUGUUAUUGCACUGGCAGGGAACAAAGCAGACUUGGCCAACAAGAGAGCUGUAGAUUUCCAGGAAGCACAAGCAUAUGCAGAUGACAACAGUUUGCUCUUCAUGGAGACUUCAGCCAAGACUGCUAUGAAUGUCAAUGAGAUUUUUAUGGCUAUAGCCAAGAAGCUUCCUAAGAACGAGCCUCAGGGUGGAGCGGGAGCUGGCGGACGAGCCAGAGGCGGCGUGGACCUGCAGGAAGCUGCACCACAGGGCAGAAGCAGCCAGUGCUGCGGGGGCGGGAACUAACCGACAUCAACGAGUCAGCUGAUCCAACCAAUUUACAGCUUCGAUCAACCAGACCAGAUAUUAUCCAGCUGUCAAACAAUGUCCCAUCGGUCAGACCAAACCACGGUCAGACCGACUACCCUAUGAGCAACACAGCACCAAUUAAAACUGUUUGGCAAACGAGACCACUGGCCAGUAAACUGCCAGAUCCCACUGAUGGUUCCAACUGUCGAACCGACCUACAGACCAAGAAAUCAACCAACAGGCUUAUUUACAGAAUCAUGUUUUAACCCCAGGACUCGCCAAUCCAUGACCUCUCUAUUGAUGAUGGACACUUGACGUCACCUUAGGGGGGGAAAAAAAAACAAAAGAAAACGUCCCACUCAUGGAAGAAGGUAAAAAAAAAAAAAAAAAAGAUCAGUCAUGACCAAUGGCACUUAGUAGGGCCAUCUUGUUCACCCUUGUUUCUGUAUUUGUGUAGAGGAAAAAAAAUAAAAUAAACGCAACAGGAAGGAAUAUAAACAGGCUCAUCGGCCCUGUCCUUUCUCUUCUACCCCCCACCCCCACCCCCUGCUUUCUCACAUGCACCAUAAAUUUCUAAAGUAUUUCCAUCAUGGUCUUAUGACGCUGUU